AUGAACAGCAAUAACACUCAUCAAUCUCAACAACCUUCGGGCGCCAACACAAACUUCAAUAUGAAUAGCACUCACUUGUCGGACGGUCAGAGCCAGAUGAAUUACGACAGUGCAUCUGAUGUCACUCCUGGAAGUCCAACUGGAACUUUCUCAACCUUCAGUAUGACCAGUACAAUGAAUGAUAGAGUGUUCAGAGAAGAUGGAGGAAGAAGGUUCCAAGCUCAAAAUGAUGAACAAGAAUUGGAGCGAUUGGAGUGCCAACAUCGAGUCUUCAAGGCUGUCCAAGCUGGUGUCAACUAUCUUGCACCGGUUCAUGGUAAUCUGUAUGAUGGAGCGAGUGGUUUGGAUAUUGGUUGUGGUACGGGAGUAUGGACUAUCGAGAUGGCACUUGAGUUUCCGAAAGUCGAAUGGAUCGGAACCGACCUUGCGCCGGUUCAGAGAGAUUUGGACUUACCGGACAAUCUACAUUUCGCCCAGAACGAUAUAACGCAGGGAUUACCUUUCCCAGAUGACAGUUUCGAUUUCGUUCAUUCGAGAUUACUAGUCAUGGGUGUGCGAAAUUGGAAAGCCAUUGUCGAUGAGAUACUGAGAGUAUUGAAACCCGGUGGAAUGGUAGUGAUGAUUGAAUGUGAUUUCCCUUGGGGUUUACCAGGUGUCCAUGAAGAUCAAUGGGCGGAAAGAGCCAAAGGACAUUGCAAGUUUUCUGAUUACCUAAAAAUGGCAGUAGAAAAUAGAGGAUACGAUCCACAGGCUGCUUCGAGGACGAUCUCAAGAUUGAUGAGAUCAAGUGGGAAAGUCAGGGAUGUAACUCAGAUAGAAAGUUGUCUGCCACUUUGGGGAUGGUCCAAUGAUCCGCAUUUACGUCGAGCAGGAGAAAUAAUGAGAGCAGAUGCAGAAGAUAUACCCAACUCCGUCAAAAUAGUCAUUCAGGACGCAUGCGAAGUUCCCGAAUCGAUCUAUCAAGAGAUCAAACGUGGAUAUAUUGCCGACCUCGGUAGACCAGGUGCUCAUACGGCUGUACCGAUCUUCCAUAAUUACGGAUGGAAAAUCUAA